AUAAGAAAACGCAGUGAUGAUGACAUUCCAACACUCGUGGGGGCAGCAACGUGGCAAAAACGAGGACGAAAAUGGCCGCAUUGCGAGCAGCAAAGCAAGCCCUGAGGAAAGAAGUAAAGCGACGGGUUGCCACAGUGACGGACGACGAGAAACGACGGCAGUCUCUGGUCGUUUCUCAGAAGUUGUUCAGUCACCCCAAGUACAUGUCCUCUCAGCGGAUUGCUGUGUUUCUGAGUAUGAAGGAUGAAUUAAAUACUCAGGAAAUCAUCAAGGACAUGUUUAAGUGUGGUAAAAGCUGCUUCAUUCCUAGAUAUGAGAGCACUAGCAGUCAUAUGGACAUGUUGAAGGUCAACAGUCUGCAGGACAUAGAGACGCUGCCUCUGACCUCCUGGAAUAUCCGACAACCUGCUAAGGAAGAUAACAGCAGAGAGGAAGCAUUGGCUUCAGGAGGUCUGGACCUGAUUCUGAUGCCAGGGCUGGGCUUUGACCGCGCCAGGAACCGACUGGGACGAGGGAAGGGUUUCUAUGAUAACUACCUGGAGCGUUGCAAAAAACACCCCAAAGGCAAGCCCUACACAAUUGCCUUGGCCUUCAAAGAGCAGCUUUGUGAAAAAGUACCUGUUGAUAACCAUGAUGUGCCCAUAGAUGAAGUACUGUAUGAGGAUGAAAAAUAGCUAGUUGUCACUAGGGCUGGUCUAUGAACUCAGGAAGUCCACUAACCCUUUAAACAUGGCCUUUCCAUUCAACACCAGGGUUUUGUAAUUGUUAGAGUGGAUGAAAUUCGAAGGAUGUAAUUAAUGCCGUUAUUAUCAAUGUUAUCACUUCAGUCUGUGGUUGUCCUGAUAUGAGACAAGCUAAGGUAAUAUGCUCAAGGCUACAGUCAAGAAGUAAUGUGUCAUUUAUGAGAUGCAUUGUCUGGUUAGUUUGUUCUUCAUUCAGCAGCUCUCUCCAGUGGACUUAAUUUCCAGCCAGUUUUCCGAGAUGUUGUAGAAUGUGAUCAGAUGUGGAAUGCUCAUCUUCAAUUCAGGUUGAACUGAAGUUUACAGUGGACCGACUUUGUCAAAUGAAGUCACCAGGCUGUUUAUCUUGUCAUAAAAAGCUUUUAAAAGGUAUUUUAUGUAAUACUGUCUAAAAUUAAAUAUUAAUUUCCAGAUCAUAAUAAAUUGAAAGCAGCAGCAAAUAAAGAUGUUAGAAAAUGUUU